AUGUCUUCUCUUGCUGGCGCGCUGGAUCUGCCCUCGGCAUUGCAAGAAACCAAGUACCAGCCACCCUUGGACGACGUCGCAAUGAGUGAACCAGCGCUGGGCUCAGAGAAUGGCCACACAGACGUUAACGUCAAGGAUGAGGACAUGCACGAUCUUUUCGGUGAGGCGGAAGGUAACGACGUACACGUUGUCACACACGACGAGGUCGCGACUCCGGCAUCAUCGGAGCACGCCGAACAUCUCGAUGGCUUGUCUUCACUAGAAAGAAGGCAUAGGGAGGCUAUGGAGUAUGCGGAAGAGGACGGGGAGGGUGGCGAGCCAAUAGUUCAGCAAGUCCUCGAGGCGAACGCUGCCAUACCCAACAUACCUGUCCCACGAAGCUCGGAUGGAAAUUAUUGGGUGAUUCGCAUGCCAAAUUUCGUCAAGGUUGAUUCAAACCCCUUCCAUCCCGACACCUACAUAGGUCCUGAGCAAGAGGACGAAGAAACGCAACAAGCCGAGAGCGUUGGUGAGAAGAGCAUGACUAUCAAGCUCAAAGUCGAAAACACAGUGCGAUGGCGAUGGGUGAAAGACAAGAAUGGCCAGGACUCAAACAGCCGGAUAGUUCGUUGGUCUGAUGGGACUCUCAACCUGCAAUUGGGCAAGGAGCUCUUUGACAUCACACAAACAAUCGACACUUCCGGUGCAAUUCCACGCCAAUCCUUUGGCAGCAGCCAACAGCCUUCGCAGACCGUCAUCUCGUCCUCGCAGACCACACCCGGCAAAUCGCAGGGCCUCACCUAUCUCGUCGCACAGCACAAGCGCGCCGAGAUCCUGCAGUGCGAGGCGCUCAUCACGGGCUACAUGUCGUUGCGCCCGACGGGCUACAUGUCGUUGCGCCCGACGGGCAUGCAGUCCGAGACGCACCGCAUGCUCGUGCGUGCGGUAGGGCAGAAGCACAACAAAGUCGCGCGGCUGCGCAUGGCGCCGGACCCGACGAUGGACCCGGAGCGCGAGAAACUGGAGCUGAUGCGCCAGGCGGCGCGCAAACCUCGCAAGCCGCGCGGCGAGGACGACGGGCUCGGCGGCCCGCGCAGGAGGCGGACAGGCUAUACGAGGAAGCGCUCCGGGGAAGAUAUGUGGUCAGAAGACGAGGAAGAGGGCGUAUUUGGCGGGCGGUCGGAGGAUGAGUAUGGUGAGGAGGGUGCGAGCGGGAGGGUUGGGAGGAAGCGGAAGGCAGACAAUUAUUUUCUUGUUGCCGACUCAGAUGAGGAAGUCGACGCUUACGGCGAGUCAGACGAAGAGGCCAGUAGACGGAAGAGCACGCGGCGCAGCCGGGUGGAGGAAGAAGAAGGUGAAGAAGAUGACCUGGAGAAGCUCGAGGCGCAGCUCAACAAGAGGAGGAGCGCAAGCGAAAAAGAGUAUCGAGCGGGAAGUCGCAGGAAGAAGGUGCUGUGGACGAGGGACGAGGGACGAAGAGAAGAGGGCAUGGACGUGGAAAGCGAGGAGGAGGACGAGGAGUUUGGGGUGCGCCGUCGUACCACAUCCGGCGGGCGUAAGAGGAGGGCUAUCGGGUUCGACGAGGAAGAGGAGUAG